AUGAUUAUAGUUGAACUUAUUGGAAGUAUUUCAUUAGUUAUUGCUCUUGUAAGCGCUGUUGCUCUUACGAUUAUUCAUAUAAAAAAUAAACAACAUGCUUUAAUAAUUAAAGAUGCAAAAGAAGAAACAAAUCAAUCGACAUUAGCUUUACCUUUUCAACCGUGCAAUGAAGAUAUUUCCGGUAUCAAUACUCCAUUCAAGUUCCACAACGCUAAAACGCUGCCAAUAAUUAAUGUUAUAGAUAACGAUAGAAUUUACUCAUCUUCGAUUAAAUAUGGUAUUCAAUGGACGAUACCAUCAAAUGACGAUAGUCAAAUUGAAACAGUCAAUUCAUCAUCUAAUAUAAUGAAAACUUCCGAAUUCGAUCAAGGUGAUUCAUUAUCAUUGAAUGAUCAAACCAAAAGUGUACGACAUUUGAUGGAAAAAUUUGAAGAUAAUUCUAUACAGAAAUCUGAUCAAACAGAAAAUCAAAUUGAUUCUAAUUUAACGAGCAUUGAUAGUCAAACAGUAAAACAUGAUUUUAACCAAAAUCAACAUACAAUAUCACAUCAUUCAUCGAUAUCAAAUCUUGACGUACCAAUUCCAUCAAAUCUUUCAUCAUCGAUUGAUCUCGAACAAUUCGAAUGUGUCUCUAUGACAUCGACUUUAAGCGAAGUUUUUAAUAAUAAUUAA